AUCACAAUGGACAAUGCCAGUAAUUGUGAUUCUGCUGCAGAGCAUAUGCAGAAGCUUAUUCCGAGUUUUCGUGGAAAGGUUUCACAUUCACGGUGCUUUCCACACACAGUGAACCUCAUCGUGAAGGUAUAUUUAAUUUAUCUUGCACAUAUCACAUUAAUUUUUCCAUGA